AUGCCAUCAGAGGCAGACGCAGCUCGACCUGCAUUCGUAUUACCCCAAAUCAAUGAUCAUCCAGACGCAUGGGGUCCAUCGCCCACGGCUCUACCUGCACAAUUCAAAGAUAUCCCCUAUGCCCCUUUUUCAAAAUCUGACAAGUUAGGACGUGUGGUGGACUGGAAUGCGGAUCUGGCUCAGCCCAACGUUGGUGCUAAUGGCUAUCCACGUGGAAACUUUCGAUCCCAGCAACGUGGCCAAGGUCGAGAAAACUAUGGUGCUGGUCAGGCUGGAACGUUCGCUUACUUUCACGAUGAAGAUGAAGCAAGUUUCAAUCUUGUGGGCGGUGGUGCGAGCUUUAGUCGUGGUGGCGGUGGUGGUGGAUUAUUAGGCAGAGGCGGAGGUCGCGGUAGGGGUGGAAACCUCCGAGGUACUUCGGGUCGAGGCCGCGGCAUGUCAGACCGGAACGAUCGAGGUGGUGCACGAGGUGGGGUUGGCAGAAGGGGUGGUCAAUGGGGAAGAGGCGGUGGAACGUGGAAAGGUGAUUGGAAUGACAGGAAUUCCAGAACUCGUGAGAGUACCGUGGUGGUUGGACCAGAGUGGCAAGUGCGUGAGGAGAUUGAAUUCACUCGAUUGGCCAAAUUACGUCUUGAAGUAGAUAUCGAUGAGGUCCAAGAUAUGUUGAGUAUAGUUCCUCUAGCUAGUCAACUCGCCAUAAGAAAACUAACUUAUGCAAGCUACGGAUUCUUAUACGAAUACGAUCGUGUGUAUGAUCGAAUCAAUACCAAAAAUCCUCAACCUCUCCAAAUUUUGGAUCGAUCGCGUUAUCAUCCUACCGCUUCUGAAGAUCCUGUCAUUCAAGACUUGGCAGCUCGCAAUAAAGCUAGAGUUUUCACUACCGAUUCAGUCUUGAGUUUAUUGAUGUGUGCAACCAGAUCGGUUUACCCUUGGGAUAUAGUCAUGAUCAAGGAAGGUGAUAAAUUAUUUAUGGACAAGCGGGAAGGUGGACCAUUCGAUUUCCUUAGCGUCAACGAGAACGCUGCUGACCCUCCAUUGGAAUCGGACAAGCCUGAUUCCCUCAACACGCCUUCGGCUCUCUCCUUGGAAGCUACCUUUAUCAACCAAAACUUUGGCUUACAGGUGGUAAAGGAAGACCCUGAAACAGUCUACCAAUUCGAAAACCCGAACCCUUUCUAUGGAUCUGAUGAAACAGAACCGUGCGCUUCGGCUGGACUAAGGUACCGGAAAUUUGAUCUCAGCUUGAAUGAAGAAGAAGACCUCAGUAUCAUCAUUCGAGCCGAAGUGGAUGCCGUUUUACGUGGCUCAAAUGCCUCAGUCAAUCCAAACGCGGCCAAAGAGCAAGGUACCCAAGAAGAAGACAACUUCAUCACUAUCCGUACAUUGAACGAGUUUGAUUCCAACAGUCAAGGAAGCGGUGGUGCACCCAACUGGAGAACUAAACUAGACAGCCAAAGAGGUGCGGUUGUUGCGACUGAAAUGAAGAACAACUCUUGCAAGCUCGCGAAAUGGGCAGUGCAAAGCAUCUUGGCCGGUGCUGAUCAAAUGAAGAUGGGUUACAUCUCACGAGCUAAUCCGAGAGACGCAUCUAGACAUGUCAUACUAGGCCAACAAUGGUUCAAACCCAAAGAUUUUGCGUCUCAGAUCAAUGUCAACCUUGCCAACGGAUGGGGGAUUGUAAGAACGUUUGUUGACUUGGCACUCAAAUCGCCCGAUGGUAAAUACCUCUUAAUGAAGGAUCCUAACAAACCUGUUGUUCGGUUCUACAAAGUCCCGGAGAAUGCUUUUGAUCUACCAGAGGAUGAGGAUGAACAGGAAGAUGAUGAUGAUGAAGCUGAAAUCGAUCUUGGCACAUGAUUUAUAAGUCCAGUACUAUUGUCAAUCAAAACCGUGCUUGUCAUCCUAAAAUGCACAUCAUAACGUAAGAGUG